UGCGGGGGCCCGCACUCCACCCAGCGCUGCUUCGGCCGCCUGACGGACGCUUGGCGUCACCAGUUCCCUGACGCCACGGAGAUCCCUCGCUGGGGCGACUUGUCGAGGGCGGGGGUUGCUAUCUUUGAUCUUGACUAUGAUGCUAUUCUUGCUGCCAUGUAUGCUGUGUCUACUAGUGAUGAGGGUGACUGUUACCUGUGUGUUCCGCCUGACCCGGGCAUUGGUGAGGCUGCUGCUCUAGGUGCUGGUGAGGCUGCUGCUCUAAGUGCUGGUGAGGCUGCUGCUCUAGGUGCUAGUGGGUCUGCUGCCCCAGGUGCUAGUGACUCUGCUCUCUCAGGUACCACGUCGGCUCAGGCCUCCCACACCUUCACCCUUGACUCGGGUGUUUCCUACUCCUCCUUUCGAGACCGCACCACACUCACGCCGCUUAGUCGGCCAGUUGCGGUCUCCCUGGCAGACCCCUCUGGGGGUCCUGUCCUUGCCCACUUCUCCACUGUCUUACCGUGUCCGGCGGCCCCUUCUGACACCCUCUCAGGUCUUUACCUCCCCUCGAUCUCUACGAACUUGGACAUGGCUCCACGCAAGCAGAGUAGGAAAGGCAAGGAAAAGGUGGACGACGAUGACAACGUUCCCUCGCCCUUAGACCAUCCUUACCUAGUGUGGAUGCAUCAACAGCAAGAAUUGGGAGUUGAGAGGGGACUUAUUCGUCGCGAUGCGUGCAUCCCUUUUCCUAUUAUGCCCAGUUCUUCCAGCGCCGCUUAG